CAGAAAGCAGAGGAGAGAGAGACAGCCAUGAGAGGAAGAGAAAGCAAAGCUCCGCUUCCUCCUCCAGCCCCGGCGGAUCUAUUGGUCUGUUUCCCUCCCAAAGCCCACUUCACUCUUAUGCCGAAGCCCAUCCGCAGCCCUGUGCGGCCCUCUCAACCCGCCAUUGCCAAGCGCCACCACUUCCUCAAGAAACUAAGAAGCAACGGCUCUAUCAUAGGCUCCGACGACAUCGCCGACGAGCCGACGUCGCCUAGAGUCACCUGCGCCGGCCAGAUCAAAGUAGCCCGGCGUAAACCCCCUUCAUGCAAGACCUGGCAGUCUGUCAUGGAAGAGAUUGAAAGGCUACACGAUAAUCACACCAAAUCCAAGAAGCGACCCACUUGGGUUGAAUCUCUCGGAUUCAAGAGAGAUACAGCCCAGUUCUUGGCUUGUUUGGAGAGGGUAAGACUUGAUUUCCGAUGCUUCGGAUCCUUUUCUGAGGCGGACGUGGCUUCUGAUGACGGAGAGGAAGUUGGUAUUGGAGAUGAUGGUGAUGACAAUCGUCAAGUUUACGAUGGAAAUGACGAUUCUUCAAGAGCCGUCUUCUCCAAAUGGCUCAUGCUUCUGCAAGAAGAUGAUGAACUAAACCAUACACUCGCCAAUGGCGAGAAUUACGGAAAGAGUGAGAAAGCUGGCGAGGAAGAAGAGCCUCUUCAUCGAGAAAUAGAUAAAACAGGAGCUCCACCCCCAAACGCUCUACUACUCAUGCGCUGCAGAUCUGCCCCAGCUGAAAGCAGAGAAUUAGAAGAAGAUGAAGAAGAGAUACCCAGCAGCAUGUUGGCAACGGAAGAAGAGAAGGGAAAUAGUGGUAAUAAGAGCUUGGAACUGUUGAUGAGAUUUGAUGGAAUACAAGAAUUCUGCAAAAUUUCAACUGAAAUUGCAAAGGAAACAUGGGUUGGUGGUGGUGGUGGUGGUGGUGGUGGUGAUUUUCCAUUCUCAAGGAAUUAA